AUGCGUGAGCCGCUGUAUAAGUAUCCAGAGUGCCGGCCGACGAAUAAGGGAAGAGAAUACAUCGGGAAGGUGAGUAAGAUGGAAUCAGGAAAGGAGUGUCUGAGAUGGGACACUCAGCCCAACGGAACACCCGACGAUUUUCUCGAAAACGUCACAUAUUCUGACCACUUCCCCAACCUGGAUACCUGGUCUCACAAUAACUACUGUCGCAACCCAUCCGGAAGGGAGAGGCCAUGGUGUUUCGUCACGGACGAAGAUGUAGAAUGGGAAUAUUGUGAUAUCCCCAUGUGCACGGAUACGGACCCUCCAGAGUGCAAGAUAACUCAACAAGGCGGUGAAUACGUUGGAAGGAAGAACGUGAGCCAUUCAGGUUUCGCAUGCAAACCUUGGGGGGAACCUUGGAUGAGCAACUUCACUGGAAUUGUGGAUUUCUCACCGGGAUUUCCGGAUUACAAAGGAACUGAGGAGACACACAACUUCUGUCGCAACCCUGAUGGAAAGGUCGCUCCGUGGUGUUUCAUUGAAAAUGAAUAUUUUGACUCAGAAUUCUGUGACAUUCCCUUCUGCGAGAUCCAAGAAGUUCAAGUUGGACCAGAGGGGAACGUGGAAAAGCCAUGGUGCUUCGUCUCUGACCCAGACAUCGAGUGGGAAUACUGCGAAAUUCCCUUCUGUCAUAACCUCGGUGCGUCCCUCGAUUCCAUCGUGGUGAAAAUGGCUGAUUCACAACUUGAGCGGAAGUCGCCCGAAUGCAAGCUGACGCGAAGCGGCGGAGAAUAUGUCGGACGGCGGAAUGCGACCAUAUCGGGAUUUCCGUGCCAACAUUGGCUGGCUCGAUUUCCACGUGAUUCCAGUUCGAUUACUGCCUCUUUAUCAGCAUUUUCAGAUGAAGUCGAUGGGAGCCACAACUUCUGCCGCAACCCCGAUGCCAGAGGCCAUGGUCCAUGGUGUUUUUCGUACAACGAGCACGAAUGGGAAUAUUGCGAUGUUCCCUUUUGUCCUGGGACAGAAGGAGAACGAUGCGAUAUUCGUGUCUCGGGAAAUUGCAUAAGUGGGUCUUCUCUCUUCGUUUUCUUGACUUUCCUCCGACCCCUCAGUACCAUUUUCCCUGCCAUCGUGAAACAUCAUUCCAUAAAUGGUCUCACCUAUCUCCUACCCUUUCCUUCCUACCUUAUUUUGUGCAUCACAUUCUGCCAUUGCUUCCUUUUAAACCAGGUCCAUUGGAGUGCAAGAAAAACAAAAGAGGAGACAAGUAUAUGGGAACGAAGAAUGUUACGAAAUCCGAGUUGGAUGAGCGUUUUGCCCAAUGACAUCUCAAGAGCAGCUCAGUAUUUGAAAUUUGAAUCAUUCCCAGACGACUUGCAUCCUUCUCACAACUUUUGUCGGAAUCCUGACGCCCAAUCGGGCGGGCCUUGGUGUUAUAACGGAGCUGGAACUGAUCCCGAAUGGGAAGAAUGUAAUAUCAAGAUAUGCUGA